CCGAUAGGUAAGUGAGCCGGCUCUGUCUAUCUGUCUGUCUGCUUGUUUGUCAGUACCUGACUGUGUCUAUUGCACUGUCCAUUCAGUAAUUCCCGCGCGGGGCCUGUAUCUGGAACUGGCAAAGCCCUGGCGGACGCGCUAUAGGGCAGUCCGUCGGGAGCAGAAGGAGACGUCCUCCAGCUCCCAUCUGAGGCACUAUUUGUGCCAUCUGGUUUAGGCGCCAACGAUCUGUACUAGGGACACUGUUGGGCCGUCUGGUUCACGCGCAACGAGACUCCGUUAGGCUGGGUGAGUGGGAUCUAAAUUCCCACCGGGAGGCCGGAGAACCGGCUCACCUACAAGGGGUUUUUGCGGGUGACAUCUGGCUUACGCGCAGCGAUUUAUGUGCGCAGCAAUCUAUGUUUCAUGUUUCCCAUUGCCUGUUAACCCCUUUCCCUACAUAGGUCAAACCUGGUGCGACUGCAUAUUCUUAUAACCCGUACUAUUCUGCCUCUUAAAUCUUUUUUCUCCGGGGACUGCAGCCCCGCCUCAAUCAGUUCGGAAGCUGACUCAUCUUCGCACAGCAGAAGCUUGAGGAGGUGCCGAUCCAAUGAAAUAAUUAGGUUGUUUUAUUCCUUAUAUUUACCUUCCUAUUGUAAUGUACUGUCACCCCUUUCCCCUCACCAUCAUUGCGACUUUUGCCUUAAUCCUUGCUAUCGGAUUGGCGGAAGUUGCCCCGACCGGCUGAAACUGUGGUGAAAGGUUUCUGUUAGCACUCACUUUGCUUUUGUGGAUAGGAUGUUUUGUUAGCCUCCGUUGUUUUCUCCCUUAGACCUUAUUUGUGAACUUAAAUCUCUCUGUCUCUCGAUUUUCAGCUAGUAGAUUGAAGGUUUGGCGGGAAGGUCCGCCAUCUUGAAGGUUUGGCGGGAAGGUCCGCCAUCUUGGAACCUCCCCACCGACCUAUAAUUCAGUAACUACUUCCCGUUAGUCACCAGCUCAACCUUCUCUUCUCUACAGAACAUGGGACAACGUCAGAGUACACCUCUUUCCCUUCUUCUAACCAAUUUCAGGGAUGUCUGAGCACGAGGUCAUAACUUAAGCUUGGAUAUCUGCCGAUCUAAACUUAUCACCCCUUGCCGGUCUGAAUGGCCCACUUUCGGGGUCAGAUGGCCCUCAGAAGGCACUUUUUGCCUGCCAAUAAUUACAAAAGUUAGACUCCGGGUGCUCCUACCGGGAAAGGAAGGCCACCCAGACCAGGCACCUUAUAUCCUCGUUUGGCAAGAUCUUGUCGAGAACCCCCCACCCUGGAUUUCUCCCUUCCUCUCCUCAGGACCCUGCAAAAUCCUUGCGGUCAGACCUGCUAAUCCAGCCAGAGCAGUGACACCAACUGCACCAGUCCUCCCUGACAAUCAGGACUCACUAUUAUUAGACCCUCCCCCGUAACUUCCCCCACCUGUAGCCCCAAUGCCAGAGCCCGGUCCACAAGCGGAACCACUACAGGAGGGCCAAGCGCCUGUGGGCCUACAGGUGGGGGCAGAGGGUGGGGCUGAAGGACCAGCCAACCGAACGAGGGGGCGAAUUCAGCGGGACACAGCACCCCGCACUCCUGACUCCACAGUAACCCUCCCCUUAUGGGAGAUCGGCCCUCCGGAUGAUACCAGUAACCCCUGGCUCCAAUACUGGCCCUUCUCUACUAAUGACCUGUAUACCUGGAAAACCCAGAACGCCCGUUUCUCUGAUAACCCUAAAGACCUUAUCGCCCUUCUAGAAAGCAUAAUGUUCACUCAUCAGCCCACACGGGACGAUUGUCAGCAGCUUCCCAGAAUCCUGUUUACCGCGGAAGAAAGAGAGAGAGUUCAACUCGAGGCACGGAAAUUGGUUCCUGGAGAUGAUGGUCGACCUACUGUUAACCCUGAUCUCAUUAAUGCAGCCUUUCCCCUGACGCGACCCGGUUGGGAUUAUAACACCACAGAAGGUAGGGGACGACUGCUCAUUUAUCGCCAGACUCUAAUGGCGGGUCUCCGGGCUGCAGCACGCAAGCCCACUAAUUUGGCCAAGGUGUAUUCAAUAAUACAAGGUAAGACAGAAAGCCCUGCUGUAUUUUUAGAAAGAUUAAUGGAAGCCUUUAGGCAGUAUACUCCCAUGGAUCCAGAGGCUCCUGAAAAUCAGGCCGCAGUUGUAAUGUCUUUUGUAAACCAAGCCGCGUCCGAUAUUAAAAAAAAAGCUCCAAAAAUUAGAAGAUUUAGAAGGUAAACAGGUUCAGGAUCUACUCCGUAUUGCUCAGAGGGUAUACAACAAUCGAGAUGCCCCUGAGGAAAAACAACUCAAAGCCACCAGAGAAAUGAUCAAAGUUUUAGCCACCGUAGUCCAAGGGGACCAACGACGGGCCCCAAAUAAGGAUCAAUGCGCCCGUUGCAGAGAUAAAAAAACAUUGGGUUCGAUGUGCCUACUGUAAAGAAAAAAGACAUGAGACUCGAAGCUGCCCCCAAACCCAACCCCAUUGGGUCUCAGUGCUCUCAGAACAAUCAUGAUGUCUGGAUGGGGGAACGGGACAGUGAAGCUCACGCCAGGACCUAGGCCUGGUCCACGCAGGCCGAACAAUAAAUUCCCCGCCGUGGUGCCUUUUGGCAAGUGAUUAGGUCUCUUGUGUUCGUGGUUUCUGCCUUUGUUUACGAUGUCCGGACGCGGGAAGCAGGGCGGCAAGGCUCCCGCCAGGGCCAGGUUUCGCCCUUCUCGGGCCGGGCUGCAGUUUCUCGUCGGCCGCGUCCACCGCCUGCUCCGCAAGGACCAUUGCGCCGAGCGGGUUGAUACCGGCGCGCCAGUGUACCUGGCGGCCGCACUCGAGUACCUGACAGCCGAGGUCCUAGAGCUGACAGGGAACACGGCCCGCGACAACAAGAGGACGCGCAUCAUCCCGCACCACCUGCAGCUGGCCAUCCGCAACGGCGAAGAGUUCAACAGGCUGCUGGGCCGCGUCACCAUCGCGUAAGGCGACGUGCUGCCCAACAUCCGGGCCGUGCUGCUGCCCAAGAAGACCGAGAGCCACCACGAGACCAACGACAAAUGAUCUGGCAGUCCUCUGAGUUUCCGGAAGCGCUUUCAUACCCAAAAGGCUCUGCAAGACUAAAAAAAAAAAUCCUACCAAGGUAUACUGAUAAGGUUAAGUGACUAACCCACUUUUCAUUUCUAAGGUAAGUCAGGGACUGGCUUCCAUACUUGGGGCAGAUUGGAAAUUACAUUGUGCUUAUAGACCCCAAAGCUCAGGGCAGGUUAAAAGGAUAAAUAGAACCUUAAAGGAGACCCUAACCCAAUUGACCGUGGAGACUGGCACUAACUGAGUAGCCUUACUCCCCUACGCUCUGUACUGGGGUCAAAACUCCCCUUGUAAGUUCCGUAUCACCUGUUCACUUCCUCGCUAGGUUACUUUUUGGGUGAUAAAUUCUUCAUGUUGACCUUUUACCUGUUAUGCCAGGUACAAAUAUUUUUACCCUUUAAUGUUGUCAGUUGUUUCCUCUAACCCCAAGGAGCAAAGACAAAGCUUUCACCCAGAAGCUCCUUGCCCGCGCCUCCCCGCACGAAUCCAGACAGCAGACAAGACAGUCCCUGGGCCUGAUCGGGACCGACAAAACACCGCCUGGACCUGACCAGGACAACAUCACUUGGACCGAGAUAAGACCUGCACCGACCAGCCAUUAUGCUCGCUACACUUGUCCUUCUCUUAGCCUUACACAUAUUGUCUGUAAAUCCCAACCCGCAUCAGCCCUUCAAUCUAACCUGGGUCAUCGUUAGCACCUACACAGGGGAUAUCCUAGCGCGAAAUUCCUCUGUAGCCCCCAAAAACACUUGGUUCCCAGACCUCACUCUCGACUUACAAGACCUUGAAUGGGAAAAGACUGACAGCUACAAUCCCGCCAGCUCCCUCUUAAAAGAACAAUGGUUUUAUGUUUGCCCCGGACAUAAGAACAGUAACCGGGCCUGGAGGCAAAAGUGCGGGGGAAAUGAUUACUUUUUCUGCGCAGCUUGGGCAUGUGUCAGCACCGGGGACAUCUGGUGGUCUCCACCUGUUAAGGAUGACUUAAUCACCAUCCGCAGGGCAGACUCAAGGCCUAAAGAUUACUUGAGGGCAGAUACACGAUGGAAAAAACAUUGCAGCCGUAACAAUAAAUGCAACCCAAUAGUUAUUUCCUUUACAGAAAAAGGAAAAUCUGACGGCCGAUGGGAAGCUGGCAACUCAUGGGGACUACGUAUGUACACUUCACGGCAAUCCCUCCCAGGAGCCCUUUUUACUAUACGGCUCCUCGUUCGACCAAUUACAACCAUUAGCGUAGGACCCAAUCAGAUAAUAAACAGGCCCGUAAGACUCCCCACACAGGCAAAUAGGCUGCGCCCCUCCACCUCAAUGCCACCGACCAAGCAGACCACCCACGCCACUGAAAUGACCAAGUUGUCCUACAGAACCGAAGGGGGUUAGAUCCGCUUUUUCUCCAGCAGGGAGGUCUAUGUGCAGCCUUAAAGGAAGAAUGUUGUUUUUAUGCUGACCACACGGGGGUGGUUCGAAAUUCUAUGGCCAAAGUCAGAGAGGGGCUAGCUAAACGAGAACGGGAACAACAGGGAUGGUCUGAAUCCUGGUUUAACCAGUCCCCCUGGCUAACAACGCUACUUUCUGCUGUAGCUGGACCCCUAAUCCUCCUAUUUCUCCUCCUAACUCUUGGACCGUGCGUUAUCAACAAAGUCACCACCUUUAUUCGUGACCAACUCAGCAACAUCUCAGUCAUGGUCCUCAGAACCCAAUAUCAACCCCUAGACAUAGAGACUGAACUACAAUAAAUCCGUAACAAAGGAUCCAAGACUGGAUCCUCCGGUACAAGAGACAGGGGGGAAUGAGGAACCUAAGAGUUGUGGGGAACUUAAAAAUUAGACCUAGGCAAACUGAAACUUAACUGGUCUGUGCUAUUUCUGUAACAGUAUGAGUCGCAGGGAAAAUGAACUUAACCUGCCCCGCUUGUUCUGCUUCUGUACACACGCUUGGGGCGCUAUGUGAAGGGGGGGGUCAGCCAUGUGGCUCGACAUUGGGGCAGGGAGUACUGGAUGUUCAAAUUGUGGGACACAAUCAGGGAAUGCCGAACGUCUGAUCUUAAAUAUCGGCCAAUGUAAGCGCUGUAACAAUGGAACGCCCCUGACUUGUUUGGGCAGGCCUAUGAAAAGGACGGGUGCCGCCUGCACGGGGCUCUCUGGCUCUCCCCACCGCACCAGCUUGGAGGGAGCAGAGGACCCAGGUUCGAACCUGCGAUAAGCGACCCUUGCUGUUUGGCUUUGACUCUGGACUCUGGUGGUUCACUUUUGGGGGUCUCCCGAGUUUCGGGCAUUACACUGUUUUUAUAGUA